AUGGGAGAACCUGAGAGCUCGACGCCCCGCUCUACCACGGAAACGCCACAAUUGAAGGCUGCAAAGGACAAGAACUGCCCGUUCUGCGGCCAGGCCUUCACCUCGUCGAGCCUGGGACGACAUCUCGAUCUGUACAUACGACCAAAGAACCCGAAGACAGCUGAUGGCAUCCACCUUGUCGACGAAAUUCGGAAGCUGCGCGGCGGCAUCACCCGGCGGCAGGCCAAGGGAAGCGUCUCGCUUUCCAGGAGAGAUGACAGAGGGACCAGCACGCCCGCGAACAAGAAGCAGAGCAUAACGAGCGAGGGCUCUUCCACGCUAGCACACAGUCCCGAAGAGGAUGACGAUGACGAGCUCCAUGUGGAAAAGACGCGGUCGCACUUCAAGGAUGUGAGCUGGAGCCAUGGAAAGCGCCAGCCAUCGCGGGCCAUGGGCGUCAAAACACCAGACAUGCGGCGGGAUGCAUCGCGGCUGAUGCAAAAGGCCGAUCUGGACCAGCGCUUCAAGUCGAUCGAGGAGGUUGAGAUUGCGAGUGCAACCGAGAUGGCGCUGAGGGAGCUGUUGAAGAGCGUGCGGGAUGCCAGCACCAAAUCGUCUGGCUCGACACUGUUCGACUUCGACCCGUAUACGCUCAACUUCCCGUCACUCUGCCUUCAGAUUCUGCCCCCGCCAUCGACCCUCUUCUCGCCGACCCCUUUCCCCACCGCCGAGUCCUGGUCCAUAACCCCGCCAGGGCAGAAACAGCUCGAUGCGCUGAACAAGCAGGUCCGCGAGAGACUGCUGGCCCAGCAGAGGCAACGGCAGAUCAACCAGGUCUAUCCGGCUGGCGCCAACUCGAACCCCGCCUCCGCCAACAACUCGCCAUUACCCACCCCGCCCCUCUUUGAUCCCGACCCGCAGAAGCUGUUCUGCCACAUCGCGGAUGCAUUCACUCACUGGAUGCAACAGAGCGAGCGGACACGACUAGAGUAUUGGCAGAUUGAGAUACUUCGGUGCUAUGCACGCGCCGACGAAAGGCGGCGAGAAGCUGAGGUUCAGCUAGAAAAUGCCCGCCGAGAGAUUGAAUACCUGAAGGCAAACCGCUGGACGACGGGGGCAACAGACAUUUCUCCCAUCACUAUCAACCUGAGCACGGACACUACGAAGGAGCUUGGCAAGUUCGGCAUGGACUUUCGCAACUGGGAUUACGAUCGCUUGAUCGAGAAGUGCAGAGGCGUCAUACGGGAAGGCAAAGCCUCGACUUCCGGUAUGGCAGCGCAGAGGCCGCUGCCCGGUGAUCCCGCGAGCACGAGAAGCUGUUCCAUGGUUAGCGUGACACCCCACGCAUUUGUUCCUAUCAACCAGACCAGGCAAGGCAGCCCAGUAAAGGUGGAGGGACUGCCAUUCACCGCACCCCCAACGAUUUCCGAUGAGCCUAGCAAUGAUCAGCUCGACGCGGAAGGCGAUGACGACGAAGAUCUUGACCUCGAUCACCACGCCGGCCACGAAGAUCAGCCCAUGAUCGAGCACCAGCCGCAGCCAAUGCGGCCCCACCAACAGCAGCAACACCAUAUGUCUCUUCAGCCGACAUCCCUCCAUCACAGCCAGCAGGUCCAGCAACACAUGCAAGCACAAAUGCAUGCGUCACAGGCUCAAGCUCAAGCACAUAUGCAAGCCCAGGCGAACGCUCAGGCACAGGCUCAUGCUCAGGCCCAGGCAUGGGCUGCGGCACGACAACACAUGAACCAGUCGCGCAACCAGAACUAUUCUCCCCACCAACAUCAGCAACUCUCGCCUCAUGUCCAGCACGUGUCACAAAUGGGCUCGGCCGCCAGUAGCCGCCGACCUAGUCUCCAGAUGAUGGACCAGCACGCUAUGAACCAAAACAUGCAAGGUGCGAUGAGUAUGUCCACUGGCAUGGACGGAAUUUCCAGCCACCAAGACCAGUUCCUGAACAUGGACAUGGGCCUCACAGCCGGCUUCGUCGGAUCGAACGACGGAGGUGUCGGUAUGGGCCACUAA